GUUAGCCAAACGCUCUGUCAACUUCCAUGUUCACUGCCCAGGUUUUCGUUUUAAGUAGCCUAGCUGGUUAAGCUACUAUGAUGCAUGUGUUUGCGAGUGUUGGGUUAAUUUCAGUUUGUGAAUAGUUGAAUAGACUUAUUUAAAAAUAAUGUCAUGUAGUCUAAACGAAAGAGAGAUGACGGAGAAUCAUACAGCUACAUAACCUUAGCUAACCGAGUUAUUGGAUGGAGCAUAGAAAUUUUAAUCGUUGUGGUAUGUCUUGGAAUAAAUGUUGGCCAGCCAAUGUUAUGUAUUUUGAUAGCUAGUUAUCCUAAGGCUAGGCUACUUAGCCGCAGACCUGGUUCGUUUAGCCCACUGGGCCAUCCCAAAUCCAUAGAAAAAAAUAUUAAGCUAUGAGGAAUUGCUGCCAGGUGUGUAGCCUAAUUAAACUUGCUGUGCUGUUAAGUUACAAAUAGGCUAUACCCCUGCUCAUGUCAUCAUAUCCCAUGACAUGCUGCAACGUUUUUUGCACGAGCCAAAAUAGACUUGCUUGGUUGCAUAUUUCACCUCGCCGGGUAACGUUACGGCGCCUUUAACAUUUCUUUGGACUGCCAUUGGAUUUGUGUUUUAAAUCCCCAGCUCAUCACAUGGGAGCGCCAUUGACUCAAUGCCAGCAUCAAACUGCAAGGGAAGUGAUAGGAACGCGGAACAUCUCGCUGGGUGCUCACGAAAAGUUCCUGUCAGUUGAGGGAAUUGACCUACCAUUUAUGCUAGGCUAUAGUCAAUUUCCAUGACAUGAUAUCAGAACGUGCGCGACUGCCGUUGCACCUGUCAGCAGCAACACACAUCAAUCGGAAAUACUUGGUGGAAGAUGAACUGAACAAGCAUACACAGCCACAUUGCAAACAUAGUUUUUGUUUGUGGCCUGUUUUGCCCUAUGCUAGUCUAUUGUUUUAGACUGUAGACCACGGAUUCUGCUGGAGCAAAAGCCUAAAACCUACUGCCUCUGUGUCUAAGGCUACACGUUAUAGCACAACUGACUCGCUUUGAUGCGGUUUUUUUUCACCACUGCCUGACAUUUUUAAUAAUGCACUGAAGAGAACUGGGAAUACGUUAUGUUAUUGGCGCAAGAGUAAAUCACCGAUACGAAUCCAGCAUUCAACUAUGCCUGUAAGAAAAAAAGACACAGCUAGGGCCCUAGGGCUUUUGGAAGACUACUGUGCUAAACUGACGAAGCCAGAGGAACAACAGCUCAAAACUGCCAUUCAGAGAGUGAUGGGGGUCUUCAAAAGCAGCCUGUUCCAAGCACUGCUUGAUAUCCAGGAGUUCUAUGAGGUGACGCUGCUGAACACCCAAAAGAGCUGCAAGCAGAAGCUGGAGGAGGUCAACCACAUGGCUGACAAGUGGGAACAGACGGGCACGGGCUCCCUCACCGCGGUGCUACAACAUGCCUGCCCAACCGAGAUGGGGGAGCGGAGCAGCUCGGAGCACGGUGGGAAGGACCAGACACCGAUCAGUGUGAAAGUCUCUGAAAACAGGCCGGCAGCUGUGCAGGGGUCCCCACACACUGGCCCGCCCCCGGCAUGCAUGAACCCCGCCUUGAUGAGCACUCCCUGGCAGUAUCGCUAUCAAGAUGAGGACUCUCCACCUGAGCACGGGUUCCCGCGGCUGACCAACGAGGUGCGCGCCCCUGAGCUGGUGCACGUGUCGGAGAAGAACCUCUCGGAGAUUGAGAAUGUGCAUGGCUACGUGUCCCACUCCCAUAUCUCCCCGCUCAAGGCGAGUCCCGCUCCAAUAAUUAUCAACACCGACACUCUGGAGAGCGUACCUUACGUCAACGGGACAGAAAUUGAAUAUGAGUUUGAAGAAAUCACACUAGAGCGGGGGAACUCAGGGUUGGGUUUCAGCAUCGCAGGAGGAACAGAUAACCCCCAUAUCGGUGAUGACCCAGGGAUCUUCAUCACCAAGAUUAUCCCUGGUGGCGCGGCAGCAGAGGAUGGCCGGUUAAGAGUGAAUGACUGCAUCCUGCGGGUGAAUGAUGCCGACGUGUCUGAGGUGUCCCACAGUAAGGCAGUGGAGGCCCUGAAGGUGGCUGGCUCUAUCGUCAGGCUGUACGUUCGCCGGAGGAGACCUAUGCUGGAAACUGUCAUUGAAAUCAAACUCAUCAAAGGACCAAAAGGGCUGGGCUUCAGCAUCGCAGGAGGGGUGGGCAAUCAGCACAUCCCGGGGGACAACAGCAUCUUUGUCACUAAGAUCAUAGAUGGAGGUGCAGCACAGAAGGACCAGCGCUUGCAGGUUGGAGACCGGCUGCUUAUGGUGAACAACUACACUCUGGAAGAGGUCUCCCACGAGGAGGCUGUAGCCAUACUGAAAAACACUUCUGACGUUGUGUACCUGAAGGUGGGCAAGCCCACCAGUGUUUACUUAUCAGAUCCCUAUGGGCCACCUGAUAUCACGCACUCAUUCUCUCCAGCAAUGGAAAAUCAUAUCUCUUCCGGGGGCAACAACGGCACUCUGGAGUACAAGUGCAGUCUUCCCCCCAUGCCCAUCUCUCCUGGAAGGUACUCCCCCCUCCAAAAACACUUACUCGGGGAAGAGGACAUUAACAGAAAUGCCUCGAUAGAUGACGGGGAGGCUCACAGGUUUGAGUCGCAGCACUUCCAGUUGAGGGAUCCCAGGAGGAUGGUCCUCCACAAGGGCUCCACAGGCCUGGGAUUCAACAUCGUGGGCGGGGAGGACGGAGAGGGCAUCUUUGUCUCCUUCAUCCUGGCGGGAGGGCCUGCCGACCUGAGCGGAGAGCUGCGGAGGGGAGACCAGAUCUUGUCGGUUAAUGGCAUCGACCUACGCGGGGCCACCCAUGAGCAAGCGGCUGCAGCACUAAAGGGGGCGGGCCAAACUGUCACCAUCAUUGCUCAGUACAGGCCCGAGGAGUACGGGCGUUUCGAGGCCAAAAUCCAUGAUCUGCGGGAACAGAUGAUGAACCAUAGCAUGAGCUCUGGGUCCGGAUCCCUCCGAACCAAUCAGAAACGCUCCCUUUACGUCAGGGCACUGUUCGACUAUGAAAAGGCCAAAGACAGUGGACUCCCUAGCCAGGGCCUCAGCUUCAGGUAUGGGGACAUCCUCCACGUCAUCAACGCCUCAGACGAUGAAUGGUGGCAGGCCCGGAGGGUGACCCCUGAUGGGGACAGCGAAGAGAUGGGGGUCAUCCCUAGCAAGAGGAGGGUUGAGAGGAAAGAACGAGCUCGACUAAAGACAGUGAAGUUCAAUGCCAAACCGGGAACCAUCGAUUCCAAAGGGUCAUUCAAUGACAAGCGUAAAAACAACUUCAUCUUUACACGAAAGUUCCCAUUCUACAAGAACAAGGAGUUGGGUGAGCAGGAUGGCAGUGAUUCAGAACGGAGUCAAGAGGACAUGAUUCUCUCCUAUGAGCCUGUCAUUCGACAAGAGAUUAAUUACGCCAGACCCGUCAUAAUCCUUGGACCAAUGAAAGACAGAAUCAACGACGACCUGAUAUCCGAAUUUCCUGACAAAUUUGGCUCCUGCGUGCCACCGGCUAACUGUUCAGGGCAGCCAGAUACCACUCGGUCGAGGAGGGACUACGAGGUCGAUGGGCGCGACUACCAUUUUGUAAUGUCCAGAGAGCAGAUGGAGCAGGACAUCCAAGAGCACAAGUUCAUUGAGGCGGGCCAGUACAACGACAAUCUAUAUGGAACCAGUGUUCAGUCGGUCAAAUAUGUGGCUGAGAGGGGUAAACACUGCAUACUGGACGUGUCAGGGAAUGCCAUAAAACGACUACAAGUAGCACAACUCUACCCCAUUGCCAUCUUUAUAAAGCCUCGGUCCAUUGAUUCAUUAAUGGAGAUGAAUAAGAGAUUAACAGAAGAGCAGGCCAGGAAGACAUUUGACCGGGCCAUGAAGUUGGAGCAGGAGUUUGGCGAGUUUUUCACAGCCCUUGUUCAAGGAGACACCUUAGAAGACAUUUAUAACCACUGCAAAAUGGUGAUAGAGGAGCAUUCAGGACCCUACAUCUGGAUCCCAUCAAAAGAGAAAUUAUGAGAACACACAACUUUGGCAGGGAUAUUGGACUGCUAGAUUCACAACAUACUUUGUAACAAAUGUUCAACUGUAAUGGUAAUUUAUAUUGUUCAUAAUUAUAGCCAAUUAAAAUGUUUGUUUUUUUUUGUUUCUUUUUUUUCCACUUUCAAUAUGAAUGUUCCUGAAUGUACACCACAACGUUUAAGACACAUUUUUGGCCUAAAAAAAUUGACCGUUUGUAUAUUUCAUGUUUUUAUUUUUAAAAAUGCUAAGGAAAUUUAAUAAACAAGGGCAUGUGUUCACGUCGACACUGCGUGGAAUUUCAAAUGAAUAUUCGAAGAUCGCCACGCCAAUGAAGGAGGGGAAGGAAAUAAUAUCAGCUUCUUUUGCUUCUCUCCACACAACAGCUAGCACUUUGUGUCCCCUGACACUCAACUCACAUCAGUAGUUGACAUUGUGUGACUUUAGCAUCUAUGGCCCUUGGACACAGUUCAUCGUAAUCCGCCUAUUUUUAUGUUCUUAUUUUUAUUUUUUAUUAUUUUGUGAAUUCAGAUUUGUUUGAAAAUGUUUUCUUUGAAUAAGAAUUCUCAACUGUAUUGUUUUUUGUUGUUGUGCGGAUUAUUUCUUUAAAAAAUACAAUUAUUGUUAAGAUGCUUUGAUUAGAAUGAAGAAUUAAGGGGGAAAUCUACAUUUAGGUAUAGGAAAUGUGACAUUAUAUUUUGCUAUUUAUAUUGAUAGAGGGCACAACAGCACAAAGUAUUUAUUAUGAAGAUAUAUAACUUUGAUUAAAAAACCAAUAAAACA